UCUUUUUCUCCAUCCUCCCUGCGGCCGCUGGCUUCCUCCUGCGGCCGCCAUAACUCAUGCCCUGAGGGCUGAGUUUUAGGAAUCAACAGGAGGAGAGGAGGAGGAGGAAGAGGAGAGGAAGAAAAGAAGGGUAGAGGAUCUCAUCUAUAUAUAUAGAUAUAUUAUACAGAGGAUCAGUGAUUAUGAAGAACGAAGAGGGAGAGCUUGCAAUGUUAUCCUCAGAGAGCGAUAUAGAGGUGGAGGAAGAACUGCCGGAGAUCUUGGAGGAGGAACCAACACCCCGAAGCCCGGCGGCCACCAUCAUUGGAAUGCCUCUCUCAGGAAACAGCAGCAGUAGGAAGAGGUUGCUGAUGAAGCAGCUGUCAAUGAGGGAGACCUCAAGGGAGGCCAAGUGGGAGAAGCGAAGGCGCCAGAUAUUGCAGAGGAGGAAGAUGAUGGUUAUGAUGGAGGAAGUUCAUGAAGCUGACUCCGAAGUCGUCAUGGAUAGGGACGGAGGGCACGCCAAGCUCCGAAGCCUUACGGACGAGGACCUGGACGAGCUGAGAGGCUCCAUCGAACUGGGCUUCGGGUUUGAAGAGGAGAACGGUGGGCACAGUCUCUGCGACACUCUUCCGGCCCUAGAUCUCUACUUCGCAGUCAACAGGCAGUUUUCCGACUCCAAGCUCCAGUAUUCACCAAGCCCCACCGCCACCUCCUCGUCUUCCACUCUCUGUGGCACGCCCAGCCCAAGAAGCCCCCAGCACCGCCACUCCACCUCCUCUGAUUCUUGGACAAUCUUCAGCCCCGGGGAUAAUCCGCAGCACGUGAAGACCAAACUGAGGCACUGGGCACAGGCGGUGGCUUGCUCCGUUAGGCAAUGCAGGCAUUCCAGCUGAUCCCCUUUAACACCCUGUCCCAUUGUGACAUCACUGACAUGCAAACCGAUAUUAACUAAUGCCCAUUUAACUUGCUUUUCAGCCCCACUCUUACUCAUGUCUAUCUGUAUGUAAAUAGUCACAUCAUCCUACAUUUUCACAAGUUUUCUAUCCGUUCCCUUUUCUCUUCUUCUUCUUCUUCUUCUUCUUUGUCCGUGGUCAAGUAAGAGAGGUUAAUAACGAGAGCCAGAGUGGAGUCAUAUCCGUUGUCUACGAUUAAGAAGAAUGGAGGCCAUGCCAUGUCAUGUCAUAUGGGGGAGGAACCAGUUUUGGGUUUUGGUAGGCAGUCUGAUGGUUAUUAAUGCUCAUCUGCAGCAGCAGCAGCUUGUGUUGGGACUAGUCUUCUUUGUCCGUCUUGUUUGACAUCAAUGCAGAUAUGUUCUUCUCUUGUCUUGUUUGCUAUUCUUUUCUUUUAUUUGCGGCCUUCCAUUGAUUUUAAUUAGCUUGUAUUAAGGAACGCGCUCCUGUACUAAAACAUCCUUCAAAGGUUUAAUCUCCGGUUAUGAUGUUUUAGCUCAAGUCUUCAAGGAUAACUGAAACAAUAUCACCGCAAGUGCAGCAGGAUCAG